CGCUGCAUUGCUGGUUUGCUGUCUUUUGAUAAAGUUUGGACCGACAAUAGCAUAGAAAAUAAAAGCGAGGAAAAAAUAUCGUGCGCAGGUUUUUCGUUUGGCUUUAAUUCCGUCCGUAAUCCAAUUACCGUACCAAGACAAUAGCUUCUUGGUUUUAAGUGAAAUUUUAGUUCAUUAGAGUCGAAGACACCUAGCAAAAUGGUUGUAUCAGUGAAAGUAUUCAAGAAGGCAACUCCUAACGGAAAAGUUUGCUUCUAUUUGGGUCGCCGUGAUUUCAUCGAUCAUUUGGAUUACGUCGAUCCUGUUGAUGGAGUUAUCGUAGUGGAUCCUGAUUAUUUGAAAAAUCGUAAAGUCUUCGGCCAAUUGGUAACAACUUAUCGAUAUGGACGGGAGGAAGAUGAAGUUAUGGGUGUUAAAUUUUCGAAAGAAAUGAUUCUCUGCCGUGACCAAAUUGUCCCGGUGGUCAAUACCAACAUGGAAAUGACCCCAAUGCAGGAAAAACUUGUGCGAAAGUUGGGUGCUAACGCCUAUCCAUUCACAUUCCAUUUUCCACCCUGCUCACCAAGCUCGGUAACAUUGCAGCAGGAAGGUGACGACAAUGGCAAACCUCUGGGAGUCGAAUACACAAUCCGUGCCUAUGUGGCUGACUCCGAGGAUGAUCGCCAGCAUAAGAGGAGCAUGGUCAGCUUGGUGAUCAAGAAACUACAAUAUGCUCCACCAACUCGUGGACAGCGGCUACCAAGUUCCUUGGUCAGCAAGGGUUUCACCUUUUCGAAUGGAAAAAUAAGCUUGGAAGUGACUUUGGACAGGGAAAUCUACUAUCACGGUGAGAAAGUGGCAGCAACAAUGCAAGUCAACAAUAACUCGAAAAAGAAGGUGCAAAACAUCAAAGUAUUCGUUAUUCAACAUACCGAGAUCACAAUGGUUAACGCUCAGUUCAGCAAACAUGUUGCUUCUCUUGAGACUAAGGAGGGUUGUCCUAUUACUCCUGGAGCAAAUUUGACUAAGACAUUCUAUUUGGUUCCAUUGGCUUCAAGCAACAAAGACCGUCAUGGUAUUGCACUCGAUGGACAUUUGAAGGACGAGGAUGUGAACUUGGCUUCUGCGACCAUGGUUCAGGAGGGCAAGUCAACUGGUGAUGCAAUCGGUAUUGUGAUAUCUUAUUCAGUACGAGUAAAACUCAAUUUGGGAACAUUGGGUGGUGAAAUUCAGACAGACGUUCCAUUUAAACUUUUGACACCAGCACCAGGAACUGUCGAAAAGAAACGCGUCAACGCCAUGAAGAAAAUGAAGUCAAUUGAACAACAUCGUUAUGACAAAGGACAUUAUCAGGACGAUGAUGAUAACAUCGUAUUUGAGGACUUUGCUAAAAUGCGCAUGAAUAAUGCGGACAUGAAUGAUUAGUGCGAUAACUAAUAAUAAUAGUAAUUUUAUUUAUUUAAUAAAUAUUUUAUUUAUUAUUAUUAUUGUCGUGUAAAGAAGUAAAUAGAAAAAAAUAACAGUUCUUCAAGAAAAGUGAUAUAAAUGCAAAGAUAUUGAGUGAAUAUUUAUUUAAAAAUUAUAUAUAUCUUAAAAAAGUACAAGAAUAAUAAAAUAAAUUAUUAUAUGCGAAACGAAAAAUAAAAAAUGAUAUUUCAUAUAAAUAAAUGAAUACAAAAAAAUGAA